UUUGACAAAGGCCAACACGAAAACAACAAGUCACCAAGUAUUUUUGUAUACAUUAUACAUCAAAUAUUUUUGUGUACAAUGGCUCUCUGGGUUGACCGCUACCGACCGCGCCAGCUAUCCAAACUGGACUACCACAAAACGCAAGUUACGCAUCUGAUCAAUCUUUGCUCCCAGGGAGACUUCCCGCAUGUUCUACGGCCCUUCCAGGCCAGUAACAAAACUCGCAUCAUGUGUCUGCUGCGGAAACUUUACCAACCGGGCGCGGAACGGCUACGCAAUGAGAUAAUGAAUUUCACAACGCCCUCGAACCGGAAGGUGGAAAUCAGGAGCAUCAGCAGUAAUUACCACAUCGAGUUGAAUUCAUCGGGUGCCGUGAUAUAUAACAGGGUGGUCGUGUCGAAUUUGAUCAAGCAAAUUGAUCCCAGUGGGUAGAGGGAAUAUGAGACUCGUCUUGUCCGAAGUGGAUUAGCUGAUCAAAGAUACCCAGGAUGCGCUGAGAAGAACCAUUGAAAAGUAUUUGUCUACGUGCAGAUUGAUUUUGUGCGCCAAUUCUACUUCGC